AUGUCGUUGAUGAGUGGUUUUGAGGCGCAGUGGGAGCCCCGAUGGGCGUCGAGCCGCAGCGGAGGUCCAGCUGACCAGCGAGGGCAUCUGAUCGACGCCGUCUGGGCGAGUCGAUCCGAAAGGGUGGAGGAUCCUGCCAAGAGAUUCUGGGCAAACUUUCCGGCGGAGGCUGGGUCUGAUCGGGCCAUCGCGCAGGCCUGUUUCGCUGAGGCGCAGCUGCCCCCAUUUCAAAUACACGCUCCAAUUAUCCCCAGCCAGACGCUCACUCGAUCCUCGCCAUCCGCCUGUCUCGUCACAGGCUCUCGGGAUCGAUAG